GAACAGGCAGGGAUCAAAACCAGAUUAACAGACUGAAGUUACACAGGAACAGAUAGCACAAGGCUUCAGGAACCACAGAAACAAGUUUCUAUCACAGGCACUGGCUGGGAGACAGAAUGGGCCUUAUAUAGGUUCAAAUUUCGCGCCAAACGGGCGUCAAAAACGUGCUGGCGCAAAUGCGCCAGCGUGCCUGCGCCUUUAAGAGGCGCGCCGCGCGCCCUAGAAUCAAAGAUGGCGCCAGCGCCGGCUCAUGGACCAUGCGGCGGGCGUCCCCGCCGACAGCGCAGCAGCCGACCCCGCCGCACAGGUUUUGGAAACUAAGGACAGAAGAGUUUGAUACUGGUGACGUUAUUGUAAGAGAUGAAUUUAUUAUCAUGGUUGUGGAGUUUCACUGUAACAGCACUUUUAGCAGAAUGGACAGUGCGUGGUCAACCAGAAGUGUGCAGGUCGGCAGAAAUGGCAGAUAUCUUGUUUUUGGUGGAUGAAUCUUGGAGUGUUGGAGAAGGAAAUUUUCAGCUGAUUAAAGACUUUAUCAGGAGUAUAAUAACAUCAUUUCAGAACACUGAGAUACUUGGAAAAGAAGGAUUGCGCUUUGGGGUAGCUAUUUAUGGAGACUUUACUAGGAUGAGCAUUGAGCUUUCAGACUAUGAAAGCACCCAAGAAGUAUUACUGGCUCUGCAAAAUAUUGCAUAUAAAGGAGGCAACACAAAGACUGGAGAAGCUCUUGGUUUCCUUGCAGAAAGAGUAUUUAAUCCCUCAAUAGCCAGAGAAGAUGCAGCCAAGAUAGUCCUACUUCUAACAGAUGGGAAAUCUGGUGAUUUAGUGGAAGAGAAAGCAAAACUAUUGCAGGACAAAGGAGUUACAAUCUUUACAAUUGGUAUUAAAAAUGCAGACCGUAGUGAGCUGAUGAAAAUUGCAUCUGAACCAGCUGAUGAACAUGUUAUACUUGUAAAUGAUUUCUGGUUUCUGAACAAUUUGCUGCCCAAGAUUUCCCGGAGAAUAUGUUUUGCUGCUUCUGAGCCUCCAAAGCCAAUCAAACAUAUUGUGGAAGUAGAAAAAGUAAUUGGGCCUAAAGAUUUGAUUAUCAGUGAGGAAAGCUACAACUCUAUGCGUCUCACCUGGACUGCAGCCACAGGAGAUGCCACUGGAUAUCAGGUUGUCUUGAAUUCCCUCACAGAGUCCGGGAAUCUCAAUUCCCAUGACCAAAAACAGAUUGUUGUGGACAAAGACAAGAAUACUAUUAUUGUCACGGAUCUAAGGCCAAACACUGAAUAUUUAUUCACAGUACUUGCUCUCUACCCUAAUUUUCUAGGGGAUUCAGCCACUAUUCGUGGAAGGACAACUCCUAUUCCAUCUGUGACAAAUUUCCGAGUCAUUGAAGAGGGACUUUUUAGCUUAAAGCUGGCCUGGACACCUUCUCUCGGAAAACUCGAUGGUUAUAAGAUCUUUAUUCCAAGAUCCAACAGACCUGGAUUAACUUAUGAACAGAUUGUUAGUGGAGAUGUUUUCUCUCACACUAUUGAUAAUCUAGAGGAAGAUAAAGAGUAUACUGUCAGUAUCUAUGCUGUAUAUCCAGAAGGACCAAGUAAGCCUGUCUCAGCAGUUGGACGCACAUUGAAACUUCUUGCUGUUAAAAGUCUCACCCUUCAGAACAUCACAACAGGCACUAUACGAGCACAAUGGACUACAGUGCGUGGAGCAACUGGGUAUCGACUCACUUGGUCGUCUGCAGAGGGCUAUGACCAAAAUGUUAAUUUAGCUGAUAGUUAUUCCCAGUAUAUGAUUCAAGGGCUUCAGGCGGACACUGAGUACACUGUGACGGUUAACCCAAUCUUUGUGGACAUAGAGGGUCCUAUUGUCACAGCAAAAGCUACAACCUUGGCUUCUAGUGCAGUACAAAGUCUUAAAAUAAGUGCAGUAACUAUAAGCACUGCAGUGGUGUCAUGGAAUGCUGUGCCUGGAGCUACAGGAUAUAGGCUUGCAUGGGGUCCCACACCAGAAUUUAUUGGUAAGGACCGUCCACGUCAGCUGGCCCUCAAUAGUUCUAUCAUAAGCUACCAACUGAAACACCUUGUUCACAAUACGGAAUAUGUCCUUUCAUUAUAUGUGCUCUUUGGCUCUGUGGCAGGGCCUGGAAUUUCAACCACACUCAGAACAUCCCCACUUGGAUAUGUUUCUAACUUUAAGGUGACAGGAUACACAAGUUCCUCUAUCUCGCUGGCUUGGAGUUCAACCAUUGGAGCUACGGAAUAUAAAAUUUCCUGGAGCACUACAACAUCAGACAAUCCGAAAAAUCAGUAUCUGGCUCCAAGUGUCAGGUCCUAUCACAUCACAAAUUUGUACCCAAACACAAAGUACAUUGUGAAUGUUCAGGCAAUAUUUAAUAACUUUGAAGGGCCUCCAGCCACUCUAAUUCAAACCACAGACUCAAAUCCUGUUCAGCUGUUGCCUGUAAAAGAUCUGCAGAUCAUUGAUACAGGAGUUACUUCUCUGAAACUGUCUUGGAAGAAAACACCUGGAAUAACACAUUAUAAGAUAUCAUGGGUACCAUUUGAUGGUGGCGCAAGAAACUCUAAGAUUGUCUCUGCUGACACAUCAUUUUUCACAAUCACUGAUCUUAAGGAAAGUGCCACUUACAACAUCUAUGUGUCCUCAAUAAUUGGGAAUCGUGAAGGCAGUUCAGUACUUCUUACUGCAAAAACACUGGAUUUGCCAAAAGUAGAGUCAUUUGAGGUCAAAGAAACCACAGGGGACAGUGUUUUAUUAAGCUGGUCUGGAGUCAAUGGGGCAUCAUCAUAUAUUGUAACAUGGAGGAUGGCUUCAGACCCAGAAUCCUCCAUGGAGCAGUUAGCGCCAACAUACAGAUCUUUCCGGCUUAUGAAUCUAGAGAAUGGAAAGUCAUAUAUUUUUGCAAUAAAGCCUCUUUUUGGAGAGAUGGAAGGCCCUGAGAGAAUUACCACAUACACAAUAGUUGGACCAAAAAAAAGCCAGAUCUACCCAUCGCCCACCCUUCAAACACCUGUUCUUAUAACAACACCUCAAAAGACCAUAACAACACGAGUUAUCACCCGUUCUCCAAGUGUCACCACAAGUGAAUCUGCAAAAUCCACAAGCACUGUCUCACAUGGUUCUUCCACAACUACUUCUGAACCCAUUUGUGCAAAACUCAAAGCUGACAUAGUAUUUCUUGUGGAUGAGUCUUCCAGCAUUGGCCCAGCCAACUUUAAUAAGGUUAAGGAUUUCCUCUACAGAAUUGUUUCUUACUUUCCCAAAAUUGGACCUCAAGGAACACAGAUUGCAAUUGUUCAGUACAGUGAAGAACCCAGAACAGAAUUCCACUUGAAUGAGUAUAAGGAGAGAAAUUCUGUUCUGAAAGCAAUUAGAGCUCUGCAGUAUUAUGGAGGCAACACCAAGACAGGUCGUGGUAUUGGGCAUGUGCUGAAGGAAAUGUUUCAGGUUGCUAAAGGGAUGCGACCAUCUGCACCUCAUACACUUGUGCUUAUUACUGAUGGAAGGUCUCAGGAUAAUGUGAUACAGCCAGCCAAAAUAGCUCAUGUAUUAGGAAUUCGUAUGAUUGCAGUCGGUGUUGCUGGGGCAGAUAUGGAUGAGCUGAAAGGGAUGAUGAUGAACCGUAAUUUAGAAAACAUCUUCUUUGCCAGUACAUUUGAUGAUUUUCCUCUAAUUGUACAAGAAAUCAUAGACUCUAUUUGCUCUGAAAAAGAACAUACAAUUAAGGAAGAACCCGCAAAGUUAACAACAGAUAGAGAAGAUGAGCCAGAAAAACCAGAACCUCCUCCUGGGAAUCGAGAGGGACCCUGUGGGAAUACGAUUUGCCCGAAAGGACACAAAGGACAAAAGGGAGAAAAGGGUCCACCAGGAGAAUCGGUUUUCACAGGUUUACAGACUGGUGGCUUUGACCCUUUUGAUUUGAAUUCAAAAGGAGAAAAAGGAGAGCGAGGUCUUCCUGGACAAGAUGGUGUUCCUGGCCUUCCAGGACGCCCUGGUCGAACUGGACCCCCAGGACCACCUGGCCUGCUGGGACAAAAAGGAUUUCAAGGUGAUAUUGGCCCCCAAGGAUAUCCAGGGCCACCAGGUCCUAAAGGAGACAGGGGAGAACCAGGCUAUAUACUAGGAGGAGUUGAUGGAAUGGCUGGCCUAAGUGCAAUACCUGGGUCUCCUGGACCCAAAGGACAGCCUGGAGUUCCUGGGCUACCGGGGCCACCAGGACUUCCAGGAUUCCCUGGACCUCAGGGACCUCAGGGAACUUCCAUAAAGGGGGAACCUGGUGAAGCAGGCAGCCAGGGUCCUCGUGGAAAAAUUGGACCAAAGGGAGAUAAAGGAGACCACGGAGAUGCAGGCAGAGCUGGUUUACCUGGCCCCAUCGGCCUUGAUGGCCCUCCAGGACUUCCAGGAAUUAAAGGAUACAAGGGGGAGGCUGGUAUUGGAAUCCCAGGAAUACCUGGUUUAAAGGGUAUAGCAGGUGAAAAGGGUGCCAUGGGACUUGCCGGCCCUCAAGGACAGAAGGGUGUUCAAGGAAUACAAGGUGUAGAAGGUGUUGCAGGUUUAAGGGGUAAAAAAGGUCAAGAUGGUGAAAAGGGAGAAAAGGGAGAACGUGGUGAGCUGGGAAUGAUUGGUCCUCCUGGAAUAGCUGGUUUCCCUGGACCAAUGGGGCAAAAAGGGGACCAGGGGUUACAAGGUUUUCCUGGUGCUCCUGCUAUGGGGGUUAUUGGGCCUACUGGUAAAAAAGGUACCAGAGGUGAUAUUGGACCAAUUGGGCCAAUUGGACCUAAAGGCAUUAAGGGAAGUCAAGGAGAUAAAGGAAUAAAGGGAGAAACAGGAUAUGGUAUUCCUGGGCAGCCUGGAUUAAAGGGAGAUUCAGGUGAUAGAGGGAACAUAGGAUUGUCUGGAAAACCAGGUCCCAAAGGAGAUUUUGGAGAAAAGGGACAGAAGGGUGAAUCUGGAAAUUUUGGUGCCCUGGGACAGUCUGGACUAAGAGGUAAAGAUGGUGAACCGGGACUAAAAGGGGACAAAGGCGAGACGGGAGAUGCAGGUGUCUCUGGAGAACCAGGAGAAAAAGGACAAAGGGGCCCUGUUGGACUCCCUGGCCGGAUUGGUGAUACUGGAAUAAAAGGAGACAUGGGGCCAAAUGGAAGAGAUGGCAUAGAUGGUAAAAAAGGUGAUAAAGGAGAAGCGGGGCAGCCAGGAACACCUGGGGCAAUGGUGACUGAAAUAGACAAAAGUUUGCUUGUCAAAGGAGAAAAGGGAGAACGUGGAGAGAUAGGAGAUCCAGGAGAAUCAGGUUUUAAAGGAGAAAAGGGAGACACAGGGCUACCAGGACCCAGAGGACCAGAAGGCCGUCCAGGACCACCUGGUGCUUCACUGUUGGAGUCCACUGCUGAGAAAGGAAUGAAAGGGGAAAAGGGAAUACAAGGGUCUUCUGGAAAAAAUGGCCUGGAUGGAAAAACUGGGAACCCUGGGUUACCUGGACAAAAGGGAGAAUCAGGCCAAAAAGGAGAACCAGGAGAUGUAGGUCUAACUGUAAGUGAAAAGGGAGAUAAAGGAGAAGCGGGACCAGUAGGACCCCAAGGUCCACCAGGACCACAGGGACCUCUUUACAAAGACUUUGAAAUGAAGGAUUUCGAAAGGCUCUUUGAAUCAUAUGGCAUUAAGCUGUCUUUAUUGAAGGAACUGACUGAUCAUAUUAUACAAAAUGGAAUAUCUGAUUUAAUUCAGCAAGUGACAAAUUCCAAGAAAGACCGAACUUCUAAGAAGAAGCAAGGUUUUAAACAAUCAACAGAAUAUACUGAUACCUUAAAGCAAGGACAUAUAAAUGAGACAGAAAAAAACCACAAGGAAGAAGAAGAUCCAAGCUUGCAGGUUGAGAUAACAUCUACUGUGGGGGUGACAGAAUCCCAUCCUUUAACUCAGGACUUAAAAGAAGGCAAGAAAGAACAAAAGAAAAAGAAAAAAACACAUGUAGAGGCUGUUCCUAUUAGCAUUUACACAAACGUGAUCACAGAGGAGCAGGAGGAGAUUAGCCAAGACCUGAACCAUCAUUUUACAACCAAUGCAUCUUUUUUGCCCACUCAGCAAUCAAUAGAUCUGGAAGGAUCGGAUGCAAAUACUCAUACAGCUGUCAAAGCACAGUUUGAGAAACAUCACAAGAAGCAAGCGAAAGAAGUUAGAAAGGACCAAAAGAAAAAAAAUCGCCUUGAAACUACAGCUACUGAAAUAGAAAUGAAGAACCUUGCUUGGGAGGAAAUUACAGCAGUGACUGACUAUAAAGAAGAAAAUUCACGAUCUGUCACCACCCUGCCUGCAGUAAUUAAUACAAAAAAGUUAAUAUCUGACUUGAUAGAGGAGGCAGACACAAUCAUUCAGCCUACUUCUGACACUACAACAUUAGUGGAAAACCAUCAAGAAAAGGCAGUGAAGGAGAGCAAGAAGGACCAGAAAAAGAAACUACGUACUGAGAAUAAAGUCAAAGAACUCAAAUUACAGGGAACUGCACAACAAGAGUUAAAUCAGAUACUACUUGAGAACACAACAAGCAAAGAUGUUAGUCUUGAUUUAAAUGCAGCAAGUCCUGAGCAUAGCUUGGAGAAUCAGGAGGUCACUGGCAAUAUAUCCUUCAGGGUCGGCCCAAAAGAUGGUGACAUGAGAAUGAUUGAUGAGAUGUCUUGGAAUGUCACAAAAGUUGAAACUAAUGAAGCAGAUCAAACUGCAUUACAGGAGGAUGAAGAAUACCUGGAGGUGCCAGAAACUGAGCAGACCAUCGCCAAUUCCAUUAAUUCAUCAGAAAAUAUGGAACAUAUUCGAGUCCGAAGGAUGGCAAAAGACUCAGGACCGAAUCCUAAUACAGAAGAGGAAAGUUUAAACACUCAUCAGCCAAAAGGUCACAAGGAAGGAAAGGGACGUUCAGGAUCCCAAAGAGACAGGGCACAAAAGGGUGAACAGGGGGAGCCUGGUGAGCCAGGGAUUCCUGGUCAGAAGGGUGAAAAGGGAGAUAUUGGAGAAAAGGGACAAAAGGGGGAGCCUGGUGUUGGACACCGUGGGCCAAUUGGACAGGCUGGACCACCGGGUGUUAAGGGUGAGCCAGGAGAGCAGGGACCCCAAGGAGCACAAGGAAUUCAAGGUAUCCAAGGCAACCCAGGCAUCUCAGGAUUCCAAGGUGAAAGAGGAGUAACAGGAUUUUCAGGGCCUCCUGGACCACCUGGAGAGAGAGGCAAGAAGGGAAAAAAUGGAAAUGCUGGACCACCUGGCCCCCAUGGACCAGCAGGAAAACAGGGUAAACCAGGACUGCAAGGAAGUAAGGGUGAAAAGGGUGAAGCUGUGAUUGGUGAACCUGGUCCUCCUGGGCCUCGAGGGCUUUCUGGCUUAAGGGGAGAAAAUGGGAUCCCAGGCUUACCUGGACCUGCAGGAAUCAUGGGUUUAAAGGGAUUCCCAGGAAUCAAAGGUGAACGAGGUGAUCGAGGCAUUUCUGGGUUUAAGGGAGAGAAGGGUGACUCCACAACACUAUUUGGCUCUCAAGGCUAUAAAGGAAACAAAGGAGAUCCGGGUGACAGGGGCUAUCCAGGCUUUGAUGGAGACAAAGGAGAGAAAGGAGAAGAUGGGCCUGCUGGGGAAAAGGGUGUGAAAGGAGAAGCUGGUGCAAAAGGGUCCAUGGGACUAUUUGGAGCUCGGGGGCCUGUAGGACAGAAGGGUGAGCCAGGAGAGCAUGGACUUCCAGGAAGAGCAGGAACAGCAGGACUUGAUGGAAAAAAUGGAUUCAAAGGAACAAAAGGUGACCGGGGGCUACAAGGACAAAGAGGAAACCCGGGAGAGAAGGGUGAUUCUGGAUUGUCAGGCGAUCCUGGAAAGAAAGGCGAUAAGGGUCUGCGGGGACUAACAGGAAAAAUGGGAGAGCCUGGGACAGAAGGUGAAAAAGGUGACACUGGUGCUCAAGGAAAACCAGGUACAGGAGUAGAAGGUCCUUCUGGAUCUAAGGGUGACAAAGGUGAGAAAGGUGAAGCAGGACCCACUGGAAUUGUUGGCGAUAAAGGCUAUAAGGGUAAUGAUGGAGCUCGUGGACUGAAUGGCUUUAGGGGACCUAUAGGCCACCCAGGAAAAGAUGGCCCUCCAGGUCCUCAGGGGCCUUCAGGACAUAAAGGAGAUACAGGACCAAAGGGUGAAAAAGGAAAAAGGGGAAAAUCCACACAGUGUCCAAGAGGACCCUCAGGGAAUCCUGGAAACAAAGGAGAAAUGGGAGUGGAGGGGCCUGAAGGUUUCAAAGGCGACAAGGGAGAUCCAGGGCUCACAGAGGAAGAAGUGAAAGAUUUAGUCAGAAAAGAAAUGAGUGACAAAUGUGGAAAGGAUUUCCAUCUUGUAAUUAAAUCAUCACUCCCAGAUGAAGAUUAUGAAGAUCCUGACCAGCAUGAAAGUCCUGUUACUGCUCCACCACAGGAUAUUGUGACUGAAAAUGUAGAAGUAGAAAUGUAUGGGAAUGUAACACUCAACAGCACUUCAUCUCCAGACACCGUAGUACAACAAAACAGCACAGCAGACGGAAAUGAUAAGGAGCUAAUGGGGCAAUCGCAGAGAAGAAAACGUGAGGCUGAAAAUCUGUUUCAUAAUCCCUGUGUGCUUCCAUUGGAUGAAGGAUUCUGUUCCAAUUACACCUUGGUUUGGUAUUAUCACCACAAAACAGAUGUAUGCCGGCCUUUUGUAUUCGGUGGUUGUGGAGGAAAUAGCAAUCGCUUUAAAACAAAAUACAGAUGUGAGCAGCGGUGUAAAACUAAACCAGAUUCAUCCCGAGGGAGGUGAUCAUGUUCUGAGACGAUACACACAUCAGCAAUCAAAAACAGAGAUUAUGUAUAUUUUCACAUUUCCACGAAAGACUGCCAUCUCGUGUAAUCCAGAGGACAGCUGCAAUAUGGAGGAAGAAAGCAGAUUUCCAAUGGAAUUAUUUUGAUGGACAAUAUAAAAAGAGCUGAAAGCAGAAAAUGUUACUGCAACUUAAAGUCUUACAAUAAAGACAUUAUUAUUUUUAUUAUUUUGCAGUAUUUCUUUCCUUUUUUAAAAUAACUUUUUUUUUAGUUACUAGUGUUUAUUUUACUAGCUGUCAAUCCACUAAUUUCAUAAACUAAAAUAGCAGCUAUCUGACAAAUGUUCCUUUGGUAACUUUGGUGCAUUUGAAUGCAAACGCAUAGAACAUAUUUUCCUACUUCUGCUGGUAAAUACUGUGUGAGUUAUUCAUAUUCCAUUAAAUUUCAGAGAUGGGUACUGGUGACCCACCAGUAAGUCAUUGACCAAAGGCCCAUCAUCAAAAUAGUUAUCCUUUACUUUCCUCUUGCUGUCUUUUGUAUUCUCUGAUGAGUAUGCUUUUCUUCAUUGUUUCUUAUCUCCUUUUGCUCCCACUACUCCAGGCCUAUUUUUCUUUGCUAUUUUGCCUGUUCUUAUUCCACAUUUCCUUACUGCUCCCUGCACAGUCCUUUCCUAUGAUUUGUUGUUUGUGUACAGUUUCAUCCCAUAUUUCCCAUAGCAGACUGACAGCUUUUGGACCCAGAAUGUACAUCCUUGAGAUUCUUCCUGCUCUCCAAUUUUAUUGUAGUCCCUAUGGGAAUAAUCCAGAGCGCUAGCCAGGUGCUCUACAUACAGAUUAAAGGGCCUUUGGAUGGACCUAAAUCUGUUUAUUGCCAUCCUAUAUUUAAUUUUGAAUAUUUAGUAAAUUUGUUAAAUUGGUUACAUUUAUUUUCAUUUUGAAUAUUUGUUACAUUAAGAAAAGAUUGCAUUGUUAUUGUUUACAGACUGAUAUAAAACUCCAUUAAGACAUAAA